AUUGUUUUGCUUAUUCAUCAAAAAUCAUCAAAAAUAUUCGAUUCAUCUCAUAAACAAUUUGGAAGCUGAUUGAGCAACAUUGUAAUUUAUGAAAACAUAAUAAUCAUGUCUUCAGAUGAACAAUUAGAUUUAUCACCUACAUCCCCGGGAACAUCAUUAUCCAGCAAUAAUUCCAACGAUGAUCUAGUCAUUUCAAUAAAAUGUUACAUCAAAGUAUUGAUGCAUGCACUACGUUAUCCUCAUGCCAUCGUCAAUGGUGUAUUAGUGAUGGAAAAGAAAAAGAAAUCUGCUGAUAAAUCGAAUCGGCUUGUCGAUUGCAUUCCGUUAUUUCAUUCGGGUCAUGGCUUAACUCCAAUGUUGGAAGUUGCUUUGAAUCAAGUAUCGAAUUAUCUACAGAAUAACACCAAUUACACGAUUGGUGGAUAUUAUCAAGCGAAUGAUUAUUUCCAUGAAAUUCCACAUCCAAUUCCUACGGUAUUUGCUGAACGUAUUUCGGAUAAAAUUAACGAAAUCAAUCCAGAAUCGGUGAUGAUCAUGUUGAAUGAUUAUAAUCUAGCUACUUUUAUUGAUCACGCUGAAAAGCUUAAUCAACCACUAUUCAUGUACAAUUAUGUUGAUGGAAAAUUGAAACUAAAAUCGAUUAAUAAUAAUGUUCGUGGAUUUCAAUUGGAAAAUUUCCAAACACUUUACCAAGCCAUACAGGAAUUAAUAGUCCGAAAACAAUAUCAUUUAAACAUUGUUGAUUUCGACUCACAUCUUGAGAAUGUAAAACAUGAUUGGCGAAAUACUAAACUUGAUGAAAUGAUUGAAAAUUUUGAAAUUUAAUAAAAUAAAUAAUUUAUUAUGAUUAUGA